UAUUAUUAUUAUUAUUAUUAUUAAUCCUGGACCAAAAGUCAAAAAAAGACAUGUACGUGUCUCAUCUAAAGAAUGCAUAGUCUGUAAUAAAAUAGGCCAGAGAGUUAAAACAGUCGCGCAUAUAACACAACAAUAAAUACAAUAUGGACAUGAUUAUGACCAAGAACCCAUUACAAAAAGACAACAUUGCUACAAAAGAGUAGACCUUUAUUGAAUAGAUGCUCUUUGCAGUUAUUAUAACUUCUUUAAAGUAUACAAGAAUUAUUUUUGGUAGGCAAAACUUUCCCCAGAAUUUCCCCAGAUUUUUUGUAGGUCAGCAAUUGGAUAUUCACACAGUCGAAGUUUUCUCUCUUCUUCUUCUUCUUUCUUUAUUUUUUUUUUUUUUCAUCCUUUGCAUUAUUACUAAAAAUCAUAAAUGGCAACCAAUGUAGACACUGCCUUCAAUGUAUCCAAUAAAUCAAAAUGUAUUAGCUGUAAAAUAGCAAGUAUACCUUGUAAUGGAACUUCUCGACCUUGUGUUAAUUGUAUAUCACUUGGGAAACCAGAUACAUGCGUUGACAGUUACUUGGCUAAUACAACACAGACAGCCAAGAAUACCAAAGCAAAAACUCAAAAAAAGGGACAUAGACCACAUGUCCCGAGUGCAUGUAUAAACUGUAAAAUAGCACACUUGGCUUGUGAUGUUUCACGCCCUUGUAAGCGAUGCGUCACCUUGAAAAAGGAAGAUACAUGUCAGGACAUUAUUCAUAAAAAGAGAGGUAGACCAAAGCGACGAGAACAGAAGCCAUAUGCAAAUAGUGAAUACACGUAUGAGAUCAUUUACGGCACAAUUGAAACACCAGCAAUUGUAUCUCACAAUAGAAAGGAUGAUAGCAGCACUACUAUCACAGAAAAGCUUGAAAUAAAGACAGCUAACCGUACAAAGCCAAUAGCUUUUGUGCAUGAGUCAUUCCAAACCAGUUCACAAUCUGACAAUCAUAAUCUGACAGUGCAUAGUUCAAAUAUUGCUAAACAAUCAACCACUUUCAGUAGUAGCAGCAGCAGUAGCAAUAGCACGGAUAGCAACAACAGCGUAUCACUCAUAGAGCCAAAUGUUGAUCAACAAGCGCUUUCCAUUCUUCAACCUAUACAAACAUCAGCUUUAACGUUGCCUCAGGAAGAUCAACAACCAUUUCUGAUAGAUCAAUUUAAUAUAUUUAAUACCACUACAAUUAAUGAUGAAACUAAUAACGACAUACAAUCUCCACUGCAAAAUAAGGAGGGAAGAGAGAUUACCUUGAUUUUAUCAAUGGAGGUAUGCUGUGCAAAAGUACCUAAUGGAAUAUAUAACGCCUGGGGAUACUACCCACAAGAACUUGCACAUCGUUCAUUAUACGAUUUUAUUUCACCAAAGGACAAUGAUCGAUUAUCACAGCUUCAUCGCUUACUACUGGAUCAUAUCGCAAAAACAGCAAAUCAAGGAAGUAUUGUACCGUCAACAGAAAGGAGCACGUCUUUACUCUUUGAGUCUGUUGAUGAAGCAAAAUUAAAAGAAAUUGCAAGUGGAUCAAAGUUAUAUUCAGAUACAAUCCAUGUGAGGAUGAGAUCAGGCGAAUAUAAACUCCAUGAAGUAGUGCUAUACAUCGGCGGAGGACUAGGUGCUGAUCUUUAUAACCAAGCGACGCUUUCGAAACAGUAUAUAGUUGCAAUAUUUCGAGAACAUCAGUAUGAAGUAUCUACCAUAAAUCAAAAGAAUCCUUGUAUUGAAUCAUUCGAAAACACUUUUCAAGCCAUGUCAAACUACAUAGAGCCUAUCGCUGUCUUUUCCCCAAUGUCAUCUCCUAUUACCCCACCAACACCAGCAGUGGAUCAUUUAUUAAGCAGCCUAUCAGCAUCGGUAAUAGAUGACAAGUCGGCCGACUAUUGGAUUACUGAUACCAGUCAUAAUGCUGGUAAUAACAUAUUGACAUACGCUUCACUUAAUCAAAAGAUAUCUGCGCCCCAUAAGCCUUCUCUAAAGCCGCCAAAAUUUAAUAUUGCUCCUAUUACAACAGCACCGGUCUCUUCGAUAUCAAAGUCAUCCAUCAGCCUUAAUCCAUUACUGAAUCGAUUUGCUUCGUCUCCUGCAGUGACUCAUCCAACCCACCAGUACUUUUUACAAACAUCAAGUAGUACACUGAAUGCAGCAGCUUCAGCAGUCAAAAGUAGUAGAUCUGUAUACAGUAUAUCUGGGUCAUCUAAUAGAGAUAGUAAUACUAUAUCUUCUGGUAGAGCAAUAGAAAUGAGUAUUCGAUCUCUACUUUGUUAAAUAAAAAAUACACUUGAUGCCAUUUAAUGAGCCACAUCUUAUUACGCGCUUAGACUCAAAAAGCCGCUGGGCUUUUCUUUAUUAAAUGGUUG